AUGGACACCCCUUUCUCUGCCACCGACGACGAGCAUCACGCCAUGGACCUCGAAAAGGGCUUCCCGACCUCAGGCUUACCCAUGUCGACUCGACUACGGCUGUGGUUGACGUCGGAUAUCGACACGAGAUGGGCGGACACGAUCCUACUGGCGUGUUUCUUCGUGACGGGAAUGGUGGACGCGGUGGCGUUCAACACCUGGAACUCGUUUGUGGGCAUGCAGACAGGAAAUACUAUCUUUGCUGGUCUGGGCGCCAGUGACCUCCCCGACACCGUGCCCCGGCACACCUGGACUAAAUCGCUGGUCGCCAUCGUCUGCUUCUGCCUGGGGGCACUGUUCUUCUCACGAUACCACCGAUACCUCAGCCCGCUCAAGCGGUGGGUGAUCGCGUCGUCGUUCUUCAUCCAGACGGCGUUCAUGAUCCUGACCGCGGGCCUGAUCUCUGGAGGGGUGGUGUCAAAAACCGGCGAAUCCCGUACCGACGGCGGGCGCGGCAGCUUCCCGUGGCACGAACUGUGCCCGAUUGCGCUGCUAUCGUUCCAGGCGGCGGGCCAGAUCGUGGCGAGCCGGGUGCUGAAGUUCAACGCGUUACCGACCGUGGUGCUGACGAGCUUGUUCUGCGACCUGAUGGGCGACCCGGACCUGUUCACGGCGGGCCUGCUCGCGGAUCCCGACCGCAACCGGCGCGCCUUGGGGGCUGUGCUGUUGUUCGGCGGCGCGGCCGUCUCCGGCGCCCUGAUCAAGUCCUCCUCGGUCGGGUAUCAGGGCGCUUUGUGGGUGGCCACCGGCGUGAAGGGCGCCAUGGUCCUGGCGUGGCUGGUGUGGAGUCCGAAAAGGCAGCAGGCGCAGAAAUAA